AUGCGAGCGGAAGUGAGCGCCGUCUGGAAGCUUUUUGGAGCUUUCUUUCUAAGCGGGAGGAGGAGGGAGGAAAGGUCUUUAGCAAAUGUAAAUACGAGCGAAAGAAGGAGAAGGAGGAGCCUUAGUCAAGAAAUCCUUCCUGAAGAGCUCCUCUCCAUCCUUGUCUCCUCGGACAACGACGCCAUGCACACGGGCCGCGAAUCUUCAUCCUCCUUCUCGUGGAUACCACCUGAAGGCUUGAAGAUGAAAGCGCGUCCUCCUCCUUCUCGGUCUUCAGCAGCAUCAGCUUCAGAGCACAUGGCCAUGUGGCCACCGUUCCUCCUUGUCCUGCUUUUGGGGUUCCUGCCGCACGCCGCCGCCGCUGCCGCCGCCACCUCCUGUCCAGCGAGCUGCCGUUGUUACAGCUUGACGGUGGAGUGCGGAUCCACCGGUCUUCCCUCCUUACCCAAGCAAGUACCCGCGCUUACACAGACGCUGUUCCUGCAGGACAACGUGAUCGGUCAGAUCCGCCGACAGGACCUGAGCCCGCUGGCGCACCUGCACUAUCUUUACCUCCAGAACAACAGCAUCUCGGCGGUGGAGGCGGGCUCCUUCCAGAAGCAGGCGCAGCUGCUGGAGCUGGCGCUGAACGGCAAUCGCAUCCACUCGGUGACGGCCGACACCUUCCGCGGCCUGGAGCACCUGCGCAUCCUCUACCUGGCCGCCAACGACAUCACGCGCCUUCUGGACUUCACCUUCCGCGGACUGCAGCGCCUUCAGGAGCUUCACCUGCAGCGCAACAGCAUCGAGGUCCUGGCCGAGCGGGCGCUGGCGGGCCUGUCGUCGCUGGCGUUACUGGACCUGAGCGGGAACCGCCUCCACACCAUGGCCGCGGCCUCGCUCCGCCCGCUCGUCAGCCUGCAGGUGCUCCGCAUCACCGAAAACCCGUGGCGCUGUGACUGCGCCCUCCACUGGCUGCGGCGCUGGAUGGACCAGGAGGGCCAGCGGCUGCUGAGUUCGUCCGAGCGCCGGCUUGCGUGCCGGGAGCCGCCGCGUCUGUCGCGUCUGGGCCUGCUAGAGGUGCCGCCCAAUAGCCUGGUCUGCAUUCCGCCAUUGCUUCAGCUGGAGCCCCGCAGCUUGGCUGUGCGCCUCGGCGACAGCCUGCGCGUCUCCUGCCACGCCUCCGGCUACCCCAGGCCGCAGGUGACGUGGAGAAAGGCAUCUUCGGGCAAAGCGUCGCCGGGCCCCCGAGGGCUGGUGCAGGACCUCGGCGCCGCCGGCGGUGACCCUUCGGACAGCGUCCGGACGCCGACGCAGAAAAACGAGGGCGGAGGCACCGCGCACUUUGACCCCGACACGGGCAGCGGGAUGCUUUUCCUCAGCAACGUGACGACGGCGCACGCUGGCUUCUACGAGUGCGAGGCGUGGAAUGCGGGCGGCGCCGCCCGUCUCACCUUCCAGCUGGCCGUCAACUCGUCUACGGGGACGGGCGUCGGCCGGGAGCCGCCCAGGGAGUCGGCACGGCCCCGCCCCGGCAGCCACGUGAGCCGGGAGCCGCUGUACGCGUUGGGCAGCAUGGCCUUCGGUGCGCUGGGCGCCGCCACGCAGACGGCCAUCGCUGCCGGCAUCUCGCUGUUGGCGCUCACCGCCCUGCUACUGCUCGCCAUGAUCUACGCUCGACAGCUGCGAGGACAGAAGGACGCGCACGCCGCGCACAAGGAGGAGAGCAUCCUGUACGUCAACGACUACUCGGACGGCCCGACGACGUUCGCGCAGCUGGAGGAGUUCCGAGACGAGCGUGGCCACGAAAUGUUCGUCCUCAACCGCGCCAAAGCCGUCCCGCCCCCGGCUCGGCCCCGCCCCGCCCCCUCCGACGGUCGCCCGGCCGACGGCGGAAGAAUGGCGUGCGAGGGCGUGGAGGCAGAGCCCGAGGGGGAGGGGCUCCCGCUCAACCGUGCCGGGCUGUUCGCCGACUCGCGGAUGGCGUACGAGAUCCACUGCUGA